UGAACAUGAAAAAACAUGUUUUUGGUUUCUUGAAAGUUUGAAACGUUUCAGUUUCUAAACUUUUUCAUCAGUUUUAUUUUGUCUUUUCUAUAACAUUUUUUAUGCUUUGAAUAAAUUGGGUUUCGGAUUUUGCGGAAUUGAGGUAGCGAGAGGAGAGCUGGAAUGAACGUUGUGGCUGAUUACGUUGUUGAACGUCGCAUCUUCGCGUUGGACGUUGCGAAUGUUUCUCGUUGGUUCGCUGUUUUUUUGUGGACGAUAUAGAUUUGUGCAUGCGUGGCUAUCUGGGAUAAUGUGCUAGGAAUCUUUCUGGAUUGAUCUGAGUAAACGGCACCGCAGGUGGCGAAUACAACUGAACAAUCCGUCUAAUUAAGAGGAAUUCUCUUGCGCAAGGAAUGCCGGUUGCCACGUCGCCGCUGGCCGAGAGCUUCCGCUCGGACAUCACCUCGCCGGGGACGGGCGGCACGCAGACGCCCAACAGCAUGCACUCCGUACACGAGGAGGGGUUCGGGGGACCGCCGGCCCCGCGCCGGCGUCCCGGACCGCCGCCGCCGCCCGGACACCAUGGCGGCCCCUUGCCGCCGCCCGGGAUGCCCAUGGGACCGCCCUCGAACGGCGGCCCGCCCCUCAUGGGGGUCAUGGGAUUUGGGAUGGCGCUGGAGUCCCGCGUGCACCUCCUCAAUAAACGCCUGCUACAGAGACCGGAGCAACCGGAUAAUAUCUGGUGGGAUCAGUUUGCCAGUGAAUUCUUCGAGGAUGACGCGCGCAUGGUCAUCCGACUGGAGCCGCCCAGCGAGCAGGAUCCCGCCGCGCAGCCCAAACAGUACUCGAUCGGGCGCAGUAUCAUUCCGCGUUUCUUCCGCACUUUCUUCGACAACGGCGUCGUGGAGCUGCAGUACGAGCUGAAGUUGCCGCGUGAGUCGCAGCUGAGCCCCAACCUGCUGGUGCUGGACUGCGACAACGCCGUGCAGACCACCACGCACGUCAAACCCUCCUUCGGCAAGGUGACGACGGAUGGCCGGUUGAUCCUGCACAUCGUGGAGGAGACGCUGCGGUUCCGUGCGUGGAUCUUCAGUAUCCGGGCGCACAUGGAGUUGAUCCAGCGGCAGGUGCUGCUCAUGCAGCUGGAGCAGGCGCACAGCGGCCUGCCGCCCCCCGGCCCGGCCGGCCCCGGCGGCCCCCUGGAGCCCUUCACCAAGAAUCUCACGCUCUCCGGCCUCCCCAACGCCAUCAUCCACUUCCUCAGGUUGUGCGAGAUCCUGGAGCCGAUGCAGGAGGUGAUGUCGCGGCACAAGGCCUUCCGCGAGAUGCCGCCGGCCGACUGCCUGACGCACCUGCUGUACAGCAAAUGGCAGAACGUCACGCAGCCGCAAGGCAUGCUCAAAAACCAUCCCCUGGCCGCCCAGCAUGCGCCGGCCUCGCUGCCUGACUCCACGGACGGCGCCAAAGCCAGUAAUAAGCGGCGGAAACGCAAGACCUCGGCGUCCUCCAGCACCGGAGGCCGCGCCGGCGCCGGCACCCCCCUCAGCGCCCAGAACGGGCCCAGCGCCGCGGCCCCCGCCGCCCCCGGGGUGGUGCCCAUGCCGCCCUCCAGCAAGAAGAGCAAGGCGGGACAGGCUGCCGCCGCCGCGGCGGCGGCAGCGGCCGCGGUGGCGCACUGUAUGCCCCUCGCGUCGCAGGACGUGAUGAUCGUCGGGGAGCCGACACUGAUGGGCGGGGAUUUCGGGGACGAGGACGAGCGGCUGAUCUCGCGUCUAGAGAACAACCAGUACGACCCGGCGCUGGCCGCCCAACUGGGCCCGCCCCCGCCGCCCCUCCCGGGGAUCCGGGCGCGCAGCAGCAGCCAGGAGGAAGGGGGCCUGCCGCCCCCCGCGGGGCCGGGGCCCCAACGCACCCCCUCCACCAUCCAGCACACCUCCGACGCCGCCCACUUCACGGCGCCGUCGCCGCGCGGCCGCCCGCCCAGCGCGGGGGCGUGGCCGGGAGGGGCGGGGUCAGGGGCCCCGCCCAACCGCCCCAGUUCCACGGCCUCCAGCGGCAACGGCAGCGAGAAGCGCUCGCCCAAUCAUUAAGCAGCGAAUUUAUGUUUCGGACGGACGCAGUAUUAUGUGUGUUGGGAUGAAAAUUUGAAAAUAGGCCGCGUUAAUUUUGUAUUUUUCUUGGGUUUUAUUUUCGGGUCGAUUGUCGGUGGCGGUGGUGUUUAUUAAUGAGGGCAGCGUUGCGCGGAUGUGCGCCGAAAAAUGGGCGGUUGUAAUAAUUGUGUACAUAUUUAAUUCUGCUAGACUGGCCAGCCGAUAUAACAAUAAAAUUGCAA